AUGACAGGUUUCCUAGCUGUGAUCCCUCUCUCCCUAGAGGAGGCCAUGUACCAGAGGGACCCUAGACACUCCAUAGAUGACGAUUACCACGAAGACGACAUUUCGAGGAGAAUGGCGACGGGCAGCGAUGAGCCCAACUGGCACAACACAAGUACCAAGUAUCCUUCGGCAAUUUUCAAGGACAAGAGGGCCAGCAACAUGAAAAUUAACUGA